UGAUGGCAUUUAUUUUUGCAUUGCAGAGUCUGUAUUGUAGAAGGCCACUGUCUUCUGCCUGUGUGUUCCCCAGCCAGAGUGCAGGGCUGAGCGGCGCCCUCUGAAGGUGGCCGUGAUGCAUGGAGCAGUUGCUGCUGACUUGGCUCGUCUCACUGACACCACAACUCAGUUGUGCUGGAACACAUCAUGGGCCGAGAUCAGAACAGUGGAACAACGGAGGCUCAACUACGGGGGCCUUGGAAGGACACUUGUCAGCACACGCAUCACCUAUGGAAGUGCUGCACCUCCAUGACUGCUGCAUCUACAACAACAUCCACAUAAAAAUGGGAGUGUUUACAAAGUGCAGUGAACCAAGACGAGACUUCACUCUCCGUGCAGCGAGCUUUUCCCUCGACGACGCGGAUCCUGCGCGGGGCGGUGCGGUUUUAAAGAUCGUCUGUUUUAGCCAAUAGGAUUCCAGCUCACUCGUUCUCGCUGCGGCCGCUGUCCAAUCAAACCUCGCGAUACGACAGUGCGCCGUUCAGCCAUGUUGUGCUUUUGAAUGAGGAAGAAGCGGGAGAUGUUCUUUAAUUGUUUUUUUCCCUCAAUUCUUCGGUGGUUCGUGGUGAAAUAACGACGUUACCCGAGGCACAACAUGCCCGCCGUGUUUCUGGAUGUGCCAUUUACCAGUUAUCGAUUUAUCCGAGGACUGUAAAAUAACUUCCAUUUGUUAGCUGUGCGGCUAAGUAACGUCAGCUAGCUGCUCGUUAGCAUAGAGCGUGAGCUUAGCUAGGCAGCUAAUCGCUAACUCGAACAUGGUCGGUUCUGGUUCCGACCACUGUUCCCGGUAACUGCCGUCUGUUUGGAUUCACUUGUGUCCACCCGAACGUCUUCUGCUGGUGACUCGGCGAGCAGCGGAGCGACUUGAAGACAUGUUGAACAAAAUCUACGGAUGGGCCGAGACGAGCUUCGCCAACAUUCGCAACGGUGUUCCGGCUGCAGGGGACGAGGAUGUCCACCGGGCUCCAGGGAGUGGACGGCUGCCGGAUCGGAGGAAGAGACGGAUGGAAAGUCUGGACGACGAAGAUCUUGGUUUACAAGGUGGAUUCCCUUUAAAGAAGUCUCGAAUGGGAGAGCUCAUUGAUUCGGUGAAGGUUGCAGCCGAGGGCGUGAAGGCUCACAGCUCUGGUAUAACCACAUGGGUGAGGAACAACGUCAGCCCCACGCUGAGAAACCUCCUGCCUGCCACUCCGGGUCCUCCACUCAAGGAACCUCAACCAUCUACCUCAGGAACGCCGUGCUUCAGGAGGAACGUGAGUGAGAGAAAUGCGCUAGAACAACCGUUUGUUGCUCCAUCAACAAGUCGGGAGUGGAAAAGCUCAAAGCCCGACUGGACACGCAGUGAAAAGUCCUUGUUUGGGUCCAGAGUCUGCAAGCGGCAGUUCUGCAUGAGCUCAACAACACAUGAGAUUCCAAAAACAAAUGGUCAUCCUGUCAGCUGUCAUCUCUCCAGCACCCCGAAAGUUCACGCCGCUCCACGCCUGGGCCGACCCCUCAGUCUCCGUUCACUCAGCACGAGCAGUUCAAGUGUGCCUGCCUCGACAAGCAGCUCAGCCACCAGCAUGUAUGAAAAGACCUUCCCCCUCAAAGUGGCGCAAAGCCCGAUGCACAGCACUGCCUCGGGACAAAGAUCCAAGCCACGCUGUGUGGCACAGGAGUCCAUCCAUGAAGAGGAGAAGGAGGUGUACAGGCAGCUUCUGGCCAUGGUCUCCGGCGGCCAGUCGUCUUUUCUCCACAAUGGCAGCUCCCAUUCCAUUGUGAGGUCGCACAGAGAUUUCACCAGCUUCUUGACCACCAGUCGCAGACUGCUGCAGUUCUCUCCCAACAACUCGCUGGCAGGAGGGGCCUCCGAGGGGCCCAGCAGCCCCCUCAGUCACAGAGGAAUAUCAAGCCAGAGCUCCAGCAACCUCCCCAGCCCAACACGGGUCCCCAGCAAAUCAGGGAGCCAGUCGUGGCCGCCGGACUGGGAUCUGCACCCGACCCCAGCUGUGACGCUCGCACCGUCUCCGGCUCCACCGCAGGACGCGUCGUCUCAGGACACCCAGUCAUCAGCUCAAGAUGGAGAUUCAGUGAUCGUUGUGCACGAGCAGAAGGCUCACAAGAGAGACAGCCUGAGCGUGCCCUGUUUCCAAGCUGAGUUAUGGAUCAAAGAACUGACCAGUAUGUACGACUCUCGGGCUCGAGAGAGGCGAAGACAGAUCGAGGGCCAAGAGGCGCUGGCCGCGCAGCUGCAGAAGCAGCGCCUGACUGAAGACCAGCGCCGCAGCGCCCAUGUGGAGGUUCACGUUCGAGUCCCGCUAGAGAAGGAGGUUCCUCUGGCGCCUGUCGUGGAAGAAGUGAAGCCUUCGGAGGAGAAACCCGAGUUUCCAGAGCUCACUGACGACAUGGAGGUGGAGGUGAACAGGGUCUUGCGAGGAGGAAGUCCUCAUGAAGUGCUGAGUGAAGGUUUCGGUCUCAGCCUCACUCGUAAAGACCUUCAGACUCUCAGCAACCUGAACUGGCUGAACGACGAGGUCAUCAACUUCUACAUGAACCUGCUGGUGGAGCGCAGCAAGGACCCCGACCUGCCGUCAGUGAACACCUUCAACACCUUCUUCUACCCGAAGCUGCGCAGCAGCGGCUACUCGGCGGUGCGGCGCUGGACCAAAAGGAUGGAUAUCUUCUCCAAAGACAUCCUGCUGGUGCCGGUCCACCUGGGGGUGCACUGGUGCCUCUCGGUGGUAGACUUCCGGAAGAAAGCCGUCAUGUACUUUGACUCGAUGGGCGGGAACAACGACGCAGCGUGUCAACUUCUCUUUGACUACCUCCAACAGGAGAGCAAGGACAAGAAGGGCAAACCUCUCGACACUUCGGGCUGGAAGCUUCACAGCAAGAAAAGAAGCGAGAUCCCUCAGCAGAUGAACGGGAGCGACUGUGGAAUGUUCACCUGCAAAUACGCAGAGUACAUCACCAAAGACAAACCAAUCACCUUCACACAGAAACACAUGCCGUACUUCAGGAGGCGGAUGGUUUGGGAGAUCGUCAACCACAAGCUGUUGUGAUGAAACAUCAGCGCGCCGUCCACCCGCUUCAAGGAUGGACCUCCACCAGCGCCACCUCUCCGCUGAUCUCCUGGUGCUUCUCUGGGACCAGACCGUCGGUUUACGCGUUUCCACCAGCAGCUGCUUCGGUCCACCGGCCUCGUCAGAACCACAGUUAUUUUUGUAACCCGAAGAAACUGCCAAGAACUCCUCACUGCAGGUGUCUUUUGUUGGAAGAUUGUACGUCUAUGUUCAAAGUCUAUUUUGUGUACUUGUCCUUGCAGGGGCUCCAACUUUUUUUUGUACAUAUUAAAACAUAUUCAGCCUCUUGACUCAGUCACCUCACUUUUUUAACCUAUUAUCUAUUUUGGUGUAACUGUUGAAUAAAUACUUGUGGAACGACGUGGACUUCCUGCUCCGACUCACCUGAGGCCGAGAUAUUUGGAGAUCGAGAUAUCUGGAAGUCGAGAUAUUUUGGAGGUUGAGAAUGAGAUAUUCGGAGAUCGAGAUAUUCUGAGGUCGAGAACGAGAUAUUCGGAGGUUGAGGCCAAGAUGUUUGGGGG